AUGGCACCCAUUGAUGCCCAUUGGUGUGUGCUUUCGAAUCCACUCGGGUCCCACUUCACCCUCAGAGGCGGUUCCACCUGGGUUCCACUAUCCGACAACAAGAACUUCCAAGGUUCCAAGACAAGCGGAAACACUGGUUACCGCCCUAAGAAGGUUGCGAAGUCUCUACGGAGUAUGUUGAAAAAUACACCGACAUCAUAGGGGGGGCUUGGGAAUUGACUCUAACGGUGAACUUGAACACCUUUCGCUUAUCCACUGUUGUCGCUUCACAAUAACAAUGUCUGCCAGCGGCACUAACCGGUGACGUAGACCUCAAUUGGAAAUACAUUCACUCAACUGGAAGACUCGGCAUUAGUACUGUACUGUGCUGUACUUUGCUCAUAGCCCAUAGCUCAUCCCCAGUUGCAGAUCAUGGGGAAAGAAGUUUCUACCACAGCACAGUUCAUGCCACAUUGUCACCAUCGCAAUGGCACAGACACCGAGAAGGCAUGA